AUGAUUGCGUUACGGCCUAUAUUGCCCCCUGCCAAAGUGGAUAUCUCACUGCUACUCAAGCCCCAAGAUGAGGAAGAAGCCCCCAGCUCCGGGUACCCGCCCAGAACGAUAGGGCCACCUCUGGGCUCAAUGGGUAUGAUCAUGCCUGGCCCCGCGGCCAUGACCGCCAUGACAACCAUGCCACCAUUGUCCAAGACUGGCCCCACGGGUGCCACAAAGCGCUUGCAACCUUCGCAUACCGCCGAAUCUCCAGCAAAGAAGCAAUCCAAGUGGUCCCCAGAUGAGGAUGCUUUGAUAAUCGAACUGCGUGGCAGUGGCAUGAAGUGGGAGGAUAUCAGCAAACGACUCCCCGGCCGCAGUGCCAUCAGUUGCCGUCUUCAUUAUCAAAACUACCUGGAACGCCGAAGUGAAUGGGAUGAAGAUAAGAAGAACAAACUAGCUCGCUUAUACGAGAGAUUCAAAGCCGAAAUGUGGUCCAAGGUAGCCGAAGAAAUGGCCAUCCCAUGGCGUGCCGCAGAGGCCAUGCACUGGCAACUGGGAGAACAGGAGAUGGCCCGCCGUGCGGGUGUCGUUCCAUUCUCUCUCUCUAGUGCUGCCAUCGAUCCCCCCACUACCAGAACUCGCCGCGCCAGCACCUCUCUCUCCCGGCCGAGGAAGGGAUCCCAUUCACGCGCAAUUCCAGGCCAUCUUCCAGGCCAUCCACCUCAGCUGCCCUCUCUGGAAGAGCUCACUGCAGGUGUUCCUGCCUAUGCGCCCGCCCCUCCUCCAAGAGAGUUCUAUGGGACUGGAAGACCUGACAUGGGGAUUCCUCCACCUGGUCUCAUGGGCCCUCAUCUCGGCAUGCCCCCACGCACCAUGCCUUGA